UCUUCCUUCAGUCACUCUAUUGUCACGUGAGAUUAGCUUUCUUUCAAGAUGGCUGCCAGCGCAGGUUGAUUGUAAGUGUUUUGCGUUUGGAUCUACGAUGUCAGAAAUACUAUUCAAAGUCCUGAUCGUCGGCGACGCAACGGUCGGUAAAACUUCAUUUGUUCAGCGAUAUGUGCACGGGAAUACACGGCGAGAAUACAAGCCUACAAUAGGAGUUGAUUUUGCAUUGAAGGUCAUCCCAUGGGCUCAAGAUGCAACUGUUCGGCUUCAGUUAUGGGAUAUAGCAGGCCAAGAGAGGUUUACAUCCAUGACAAGAGUCUACUACAAGGGAGCUGCUGCAUGCGUCAUUAUGUUUGACUUAACCAGUCAACAGACAUUUAGCAGCACCAUUAAAUGGAAAAAUGAUCUUGAUAGUAAAUGCAAGCUACCGAAUGGAAAACCAAUUCCCUGCAUUCUGGUCGGUAAUAAGAGUGAUUUGUCAGCAAGACCUGUUCCCAAGGAGACUAUUGACAAACUCUGCAGAGACCAUUCAUUUCUGGGUUGGACUGAGAUGUCGGUCAAGGAGGAAGUCAAUGUCUCAGAAACUAUGGAAUACCUCAUUAAGGAAUUAAUGGAGAAUCAUGAGGAAGAAUCGAAUAGUCCUAUCCAGAAUCAACCUGAAGCAGGGGGAUUUAUUGAACUAAACAACCACCGAAAACAGCCAGAAAGACGAAUCUGUUGCUAAAAUUAUUAAAGUAUACAUAGCUUAUUAUAUUUUAAGGAAAUGCACCAAUAUAGAAUUUGUGCAAGGAGACAAAUUUAGCUUUUAUAAAUAUAUACUUGCUAUCUGGUGUAUGUGUUGUCUGUUUUAUUAUGCUGUCAGUGAGGACUUUUGUCACGAGGGCCUUUUUAUCAAAACUGCUGUAAUAAAAUAUUAUAUUUAUUUACAUUGAAUCCUUUUUUUAUUCUGUGAUUAUUACUUUUUUAUCAUUAACAAAUUCAUACAUUAUUACUUUAUUUUUGUGUUGAAACCAGAAGUAGAUUGACUGUAUAAGUCAUAUUGUUGCAACAGCAACAAUUUAUUUUAUUUGCUUCUAUAUCGUACAAUUCAGAGGCAAAAAUAAAACAUAUUUACACACUUAAAGUAGACUUAUACCUUACAUAUGAAAUAAAUAAAUAAUUCAAGCAG